GGAUAUCACCUCAUAACAUGACUGGAUAUCACCUCAUAACAUGACUGGAUAUCACCUCAUAACAUGACCAACCGGUACACCUGCAACCGGAAGAAGCGUCGUGAUGACGUGAAACUAGUUGCUGCUUCGUGGUGUGCCCCCGCUUCUGACCGUGGCUACGGUCUCUAUCCUCCCCGCUUGAAGACUAUCUGUUCCCUGUUACCUGUACGCUGUCAUUUGGCAUUAAAUCCUGUUCCUGUUUUCAAAGUCAUCUUUGGGGGCCACUAUGAAGAAAAAUGCAUACUCUCCUACCUCUCGCCCUUGGGGCUCCCCCUGUGAUGUCUUCUGGCUCCCCACCAAGUAAUGCUUAAGCGAAAACUUUACCACUGUUGCCGCUGACCCUUAAUCAAACAAAAUGAUGUUUUUGUGGGCGUUCGUUUUGUUGGCGGUUGCCACAAGUUCGGUCAACUCACAAUGUUCUUGCCCGUGUUCCAACAAUAAUGUGGUUAAAAAAACAUUUACUGAACAUUCUACUAAAAUUACUACAUACAAACCUGACUCCUUACAAAAACUUGACUUGUCAUCUAUACUGAAUCUAUUGACUACUAUAUCAAACCUUGCAUUUUUGGAUGUAAAGAUUGAUACAGCUGAAGUCCGUAAUACUACUAAUGGAUUUCAAAUAGGAGCUGAAUUAACAGUUAUGGCGAGUUGUCUGGAGCUUCAGAAAUUUACUGUAAAACUUAGCAUAUGGUGUAAUUUGAAUCUGAAUGUCAUGAAUGGCCAUUCUAAUUGGGAAUUGUUAGAAGAUACACUAAGCAUUACUGCAAGUGUAAAUGGGGACAAGAUAGUAAGCCUUAGUACCUCAGUGAUAAAGAGUAUUGUGGACUUAAUUGUGAAAUUACUACGGAGUAUUCUGAAAUUUAUUCUUCAGCUCUGUGUUGAAAGACUGAACUAUGUAAACUCACAAGCAACAAAAGCUUAUCAAAUCGGUACGACGGAAUGCCGCAAUCAAUUUACUGCAGUAAAACAACAGGGUGGCAAUGCUGUUGGAGAAAUCAUUACUGAAAUAGGAAACCAACAAGUAGCCUGGGGAGAAAUUGGAAAAUAUGAACUGACUAAAACAGAAUCGCAAAGUUGGAAUAUUGGCAGCAACGUCAUUCUCGCACUGGCCAAACAAGUGGUAACCCAAAUAUCAUCUAAGAUCAAGUUUUUCCAAGGAUCCUGGUCUGCUGAAUCUUGGGGUGCCAAGUAUGAAGCUUUAAAUGUUGUUAUAACAGUAAAAGCUGUGAAGAGCUGCACAUUUACAGAUAACGGAGCCAAUCUGGACAUUCAGUUGACCUUUUCGCUCUAUGACGGGUCAUCACUUGUAGCCACCUUAGAAGCUAAUGCAAUUCUACCAGCCCAGCCUAAAUUUGAGAAUGGAUACUUUAGUUUAAUCUUCACUUCAAACUUGAAAAUUGACCUUGCUUUCACAGUCAUCUCUGUGGAUUCAAAUUGCGGCUGCAAUGAUAAAAUUGCAUCCUGGCUGAAAGCCAAUAUUAAUCUGAACUUUCAUACCGCUCUUGAUGGUUUCAACUGUCACUUUAAAAAGUUGUUGCCUUUACCACCAGUUAUUGGGGAAGUUGGGUUAAAAGGAGAAUGUGUAUCUAAAUCGGAAUACUGCCGAUGUGCAUCUCUGAAAUAAACCGCCAGGACAACUAUACAAGAAUCUUAGCUCAAAGCUUUCCAGAUGCUCUUCGUCUUUCCUCUUCGCAAAAAAACAUUUCUAAGUAACUAAUCACCAUAAUGCUUGAAAACACUCCUUAUCCGUAUAAACUGCCUGUAGAGAAUCUAUAGCAAUAAACUGCUGCAAA